GGUAAAAUGUUGUCAUUUAGAUUGCAACAACUUCGUUUGUUAGCUUGUAAUAGUUUAAAUAAGUCACAUAGAAACAUUAUACGGAGUGUGGCAAGCGGCACCUACAAUGUGACAACCCCACUCAACUUUAUUGGCGGACAAAGAGUCGAAACAGAAGAAUCUUUGUCAAUAAUUGAUGUCAUUGAACCGGCAACAGGAAAAGUAAUGUGCCAGAUGCACGAAUGUGGAGCUACUGACGUAAACAACGCGGUUAAUGCUGCAAAACAAGCUCAACUUGAAUGGGGAAAACUAUCAGGGUUCGAAAGAGGGAAAAUAUUGUCAAAGUCUUCUGUUUUAUUAAAGCAAAAGCAAGAAGAGAUUGCUAGAAUGGAGGUCUACGAUACAGGGAAGCCAAUACAAGAAGCGAGAGUUGAUGUUCAAACUGCUAUCGAUUCUAUUGAGUAUUUCAGUGGAAUUGCUUCAACUCUGUGUGGCCAGCACUUUUCGUUGCCUAACGGGUCGUUCGGCUACACACGACGUGAGCCACUAGGUGUCGUAGCAGCGAUAGGAGCGUGGAAUUACCCGAUACAAAUCGCUGCGUGGAAAGCCGCACCUGCACUCGCAACUGGCAAUGCAGUUGUAUGCAAGCCAUCACAAUUCACCCCUUUGACUGCAGUUGCGUUAGCUGAAGUAUUUAUAGAAGGGGGACUACCCUCAGGACUUUUUAAUGUGGUACAGGGGGCUGGGGAGACGGGGAACCACCUAACACGACACCCAGAUGUCGCGAAAGUUACUUUUACUGGGAGUAUUGAAACUGGAAGUAAGGUUAUGCAGAAUUGUGCCGCAGACAUAAGACAUGUCACACUUGAGCUUGGAGGAAAAUCUCCAUUGAUAUUGUUUGGAGAUUGUGACAUCACUAAUGCUGUCAAUGGAGCAUUGAUGGCAAACUUUUUGUCACAAGGACAGGUAUGCUCCAAUGGCACACGUGUGUUCAUCCAAGAUGAUAUCUAUGACGAAGUAGUAACAAUGCUAGUGGAGAGAACACUUGGGAUCAAACAUGGCGACCCACAUCAUGAACAUACAAAGAUGGGAGCAAUGAUGAAUGAAGAACACGCACACAAAGUCAUGGGGUUUAUUGAGAGGGCUAAGAAGGAGGGAGCUGAAGUGUUAUGUGGUGGGGAACUUGUGCAAAUGGAAGACCCAGUGUUGCGAGGUGGAAGUUAUAUUUCCCCAUGUAUUAUUAGACCAAGUGAUAGUAUGGAAAUAUCCAGAGAGGAAUUGUUUGGGCCAGUAAUGAACGUUUAUUCGUUCAAAACUGAAGAUGAAGUCAUCCGAAGAGCAAAUGACUCAAAGUAUGGGCUGGCUUCUGGGGUUUUUACCAAAGACAUACAGCGAGCCCACAGAGUUGCGGCAUCAAUGCAAGCAGGUAGUUGUUACAUCAACAACUAUAAUAUCUUUCCAAUAGAAAUGCCAUUUGGUGGUUAUAAAAAGUCUGGUCUGGGAAGAGAGAAUGGAACAGUUACUGUUGAUUAUUUCACACAACUGAAAACAGUUUAUGUUGAAAUGAAUGAUGUUGAAUGUUCUUUAUGAUUAAACAAUCGCAAUCAUUCUAAAUCUCCUUUAAAAGUAUAUUGCAGUCAUAUCAAAAUUUCCUAAGCUGCCAAAUCUACAGUAUUGUACUAAGAUGCCAUGGAAUAAUAUUAUAACUUAUAAUAUUGGAGGGCCAAAAAUGGCACACAAAAAGCCCCAUAUCUAAAUUGUAACUUGUUUUUGCAUUAUAAUACUUGAUUUACAGUUUUACACGUUUAAAACACAUUGUGCUCUUUUGAACAGUUCUUUGGUGCUGUUUUCUGUGAAAAAAUAUGAAUAUAUUACAACUUUUACACCAUACAGCUUAUAUUAAUGCUAAAAAAUGAAAAUAAAUUGCUAAUCUAGAAACUGAACUAGAAAUCGGCUAAUCUAGAAACAAACACUGUGCUUUAUAAACAUGCGAGUAAAAAUACAACCAUUUAUUCUGUGCUCAGUGCAAUGUUAAU